GAGCAGCCCAACUGGUCGGGCCAUGUUAUUUAUGUGACGGAGUUAAAUACGUAGUUUCAUCCGUGAAUUAAGCAUUAUCAUUUAAAUUUAAUUAAUAAUAUGUCUGAGGAUGAGUGGUGGUUACCAAGUGAUAGUUCCUACACUUCGGACGACGAAACAUCCGAUCUGGAUGAGGAAGCCGGCGACGUGGAUCGGGACAUUAAUGGAGGAAAUGUCGACGUGAAUGGAGGAAAUGUCGACGUGAAUGGAGGAAAUGUCGACGUGAAUGGAGGAAAUGUCGACGUGAAUGGAGGAAAUGUCGACGUGAAUGGAGAAAAUGUCGACGUGAAUGGAGAAAACGUCGACGUGAAUGGAGAAAAUGUCGACGUGAAUGGAGAAAAUGUCGACGUGAAUGGAGAAAAUGUGGACGUGAAUGGAGAAAAUGUCGACGUGAAUGGAGAAAAUGUCGACGUGAAUGGAGAAAAUGUCGACCUGGAUAGAGAUGUCGACGUGAUGACGAGGGCAUUAAUGAACACUGUGGUGCUCGACGCAAUUUUCGCCUGCUUCGACCUUCCCGACCUGAAAUCAACCAGACAAGUUUGUAAAGAAUGGAAUAAAGCCGGAGUCCAUGCCUUGGCGAUAAGGGGAGUUAUCACUGUUGUCAACUUGAAAAAGAUGUGGACUUGCUGUGACCUUUCCGACGCCGUGCCACCAGAAUACGACACUAAUCUCGCCAAAAGGGUCAUUGUCAUGGGGGAAUGUUCCUGCCCUGGGUCACUAGGUCUCGUGGACCAUGCGCUGUCCGAAAACUUUCCCAAAUUUGUCGCACCGAUUCAGCAAGUCGUAGAGGAAAUGGUGCUCACUGUCGACGUCAACUUCUUCUCCAACCUGCCCCGUUUCCUGGACAAUUUUAUCAAUCUAAACUGUCUCUCCGUCACGAUUGACUUAAACUCUCGGCGACAAGAGGUACUUGAUUGCACCAACCCCUCCGUGCAACUGCCCUCCUUGAAGUCAUUCAUCUUAAAAUACACCCUUUACAAUGUUGCCCUGCUGCGACGUAUUGCUCCCAUUCAACAAUUAAUCCUCAACUCGGCCCCCAAGCUGGAAUUCGUGACUAUGCCUCCAGGACUGAACACAAGCUUGGAAAAUUGUCCAAACAUCAAAAUCUUUGAGUUCGUGGCGUUGAAGGAAGGAACAAUAAAUAUUCCAUUUGAAAUCUUGGAACCGAUAAAAACAUCUCUGCAGGAAUUACUGUUAUCUUCACAAUUAAAGAUAGCAAGUGGAAUAGUCAAUCUCCCUCUCAUGCCAAAUUUGACCACGCUUCACGCCCCCUUUUCAAACGUACUGCCCAGUUUUUUACAGCGUGACAUAUUUCCAAACCUGAAACAUCUCGGAUUGCUGCUGGAUGGUUCGUGGCGGACGAGAAAUAUGACGCUAGGAGAUCAAUAUCCGAAUAUAGAAUCGCUGCACUUGAAAGGCUUAAACUUUUUGAAAAUUUCGGAUAAAGGAGACAUUUCUAGAAUUUUAGCAUCAUUUCCUUCCGUCAAGAAACUUAACCUGGAAUUGGAGAUGGUUAAGAACGUUAAGUUAUAUGAAAGGAAGAUUCUGUUAAGGGAUGUCCUGAAAAUUUUUGAAGGCUGGAAGGACUUGGUCCGUGCACAUGUCGAAGUCACCUACGCCGAGAAUAUGAACGUUGUGGAGGCAGUGCUUAGUGGGAUAAGGGCGUGGAGGGGACAGAAAUCAGUCGUUUUCCACCGGUUUGACGUUAACACUGGUUCUCCUACAAAGAUUAAUAUGCCGAAGCCAUUCCUAUUUUUGCCACCGAAACAGCAAUUUUCAAGGGUGGAGUUUCAUGGCUUUGGGAAAAGUAAUUUGGUGCAGCCAAAGAAUGAGGAGCGCGAGACCAUCCUGGAGGAGGCGAUUCGGGCGUUCGCUGUGAAAAAUGAGCUGCCUGGAUUCUAAUUUUACGUUACAAUUACUGCUUAACUUUCCAUUAUUGACAUUUAAAAGCAUUGACUUAUUUAUUUCAAACAUUUAGACCACAUACAUUUACUAAUUUAAUUAAUUGUACAAUGUAUGGAAUUGCUAGAUUUUUGCUCCAAAUAAAUUUUUUUUAAUUCUAA